AUGGAGGAUGAAGAGGGCUACACGGUAUUAAAGCUCCGGCUGAAGCAGAAGCAACCAGGCCGCCCCCCGGGAGCUGGGCCCCAAGGUUCCCCUCGGUACCCGCGCUGGAUCUGGGUGGCCCUAGGGCUGGCCGGGGCCGGGUGCCUCAUCCUGCUGGGAGCAGUGGUAGCGCUGGCUGUCUGGGUUUCCCUGUUGCCCGUCUUGUGUGAAGGACAGACCAGAGGAGCUACAAAUGCAUCAGAGAAUGAUGGUGCCAGAAUCGUCAGUAACACUGAAUGCAGCUCCUCCCUGGAGGAUUUCCGGUCUCGCUUGAAAUCAGUUCUGUGUGAACCCCACAAUGGCAGCUUGGCAGAGGGCUCUGGGUGCAAACUCUGCCCCAGGGACUGGCUGCUUCAUGGGGACAAGUGCUACUGGUGGUCUAAAAAGAGUAAAAACUGGACUGGGAGCCGUGACGACUGCUCGGGGAAGAGCUCUCGCAUGCUCGUGAUCCAGAACGAGGAGGAGAUGGAUUCCAUACAGGAUGUUAUACAAGGUGCAAGCUACGUCUGGAUUGGACUUAAAGUGACACCCCCAGGGGGGAAAUGGACCUGGGUGGACGGUUCCCCGUUAGAUCCAAUGCUCUUAUCAGGCUCUGCUGAAGGGAACAGCUGUGGCUUGAUAAGAGGCAGCUGGAUUCUGUCUGAGACGUGUGCUGCUGAGUUCAAAUGGAUCUGCCAGAGUAUAAACAGUGGAGCUCAGGAGUCGCAUUCGUGUCUCUGGCCCAUGGACUAUCACAUAUUAUUAGGGAUCAUAGUGGGGGUGAUCAUCAUAGUGGGAGUGAUUGUCAUAGUGAUCGUGUUGAAGAAAUUUGGGCUGUCCCAGUGCCGCAGAAGGCAAAGCUCUGAGCCUCCAGACAGCAACACCAUAGAGCGCCAGCCUCGUCCCGCCCAGCCAAACAAACGCCAAGUAGAUCAGGCCCGGCAGGAGCAAGACCUAUUGGUGAACAGCAGGGCCCAGGAGGACGAAGAGUGUGUCUGA